UCCUGCGCCAGAGGAGGAGGGAGCCCCCCCAGCUGCUUCUUCACCCGGCUGCUGAACGCGGAGAGACCGGUGGGAGCCCUUGGCAGCUUGUCCUGCGAUAUCAGCCCCUUGCUGAAGGAUCCGGCCGCUUUCCGGACUCUGAUUGAUCUUCUGGAAGAUCAUUUGAGGGCGUCUUUCCCCCAAAUCGACUUUAUUGCAGGAGGCCUUUUCAAGCCAACAGAAACAGCCUUUGUGGUGAUAACGCGUUGCAACACACCUAUGAAAGAGGCUGAGAAUGCCUGGGAAGGCAGCGCUUGGAUAGAGUCAGUCUCCUACGCCCUUGAGUAUGGCAAGGCUGAACUUGAAAUCCAGAGUGACGCCGUGGAACCGGGACAGAAAGUGGUUAUCGUAGAUGACUUGCUUGCAACCGGAGGUACGAUGUCUGCAGCCUGCGAGCUGAUGAAGAGGCUGAAGGCUGAAGUCCUGGAGUGCCUGGUGAUCAUCGAGCUAAAGCUCCUGAAAGGCUCGGAAAAGCUCAAGUCCAUCCCUUUCUACUCUCUGCUGCAGUAUGACUGAGGAGGAGGGAACGCACGCCCUGAGCUCUGCACAAGCCCAGGCUUUAUUCAGUGACUCUGCCUUGAUGUCACGAGGGGGUGGGUGGCGGGUGGGGGGGAGUGAGGGGAGACCUACAAUUUUUCUCCUGGCCAGAUGCUGUACAACUGUAAGUCCUGUUUAUUUGCUAAGCCACAGAUCAAGGUGUGUGGAGUGAAAGGGUCCUUUUGGGAGUUCGUUGUUUUGGGGAGAAGGAACAGCCUGAUGGCUUUGGGGGAUGGAGACCAAGAUGCAGCUUCACUGAUUCUUUUAAUUUUUUUAUUUAGGAGACCAAAGUGUAAAUAACUGCCGCCGAGGCAGGAGAGGUCUGAUAGCUCUGGCAGCCUGGAAUUCCCUUUUGGCUGAGCUGUGCCUGGCCAGCCUCCUGGCAACCCGUUAAAAGUUUACCAAAGAGACACAGAAAAUGGGCAAAAAGUUUGUCGAAGGGAUAAAUCCUUCUGUAUUUGACCUCGCAGGAUGGUCUGGUUGCUCUCUGCUGUCGCUCACACCAGAACGGGCUGCUCUUACAUUAAGGUAGUGCUCGUUAAGGAGAAUUAAGUAAGUGCCUGACAUCAGGAGGCAGCGACUGCCGACACAACAGAGGUUGCUGGCCUAGAUGAGCUCAAAUGUGAUGUCGGCUCGAUGCUUGGCUCGUGGUCUCCUUGAGACCGCAGGAAGCUGAAGGUCUCUCUUGUAGGAAGCCGCCUGCCUUCUCUUGGUCCAGGGUGAUUCUUAGCAGUGGAUUUUGGAAAACUAGGAGCAAUCUACAUCAUGAGCAGCAGCACACGGCCGGGUGACCGGUGGUGAGGAAGGGGGCUGUGCGGUGCUCAGGGCUGUUGCCUGCUCUGUGUCCAGCAGGACUGGCACCUAGCAAAGCCUGCAGCUCCAGGCAGGCUGGCACCUUUCAUUUAGCACUAAUUCCCCCGCUACUGCAAUGUAUCUGACUCCCCUUGGUGGUGGUCUUGGGGCAUCCAGAUGUUGAAAGGGCAACGCUGGUUUGGAGCCAGUUCUUGUUGGUAUGUUUGGUGUCAGAGAAGGCCCCAGGAAAGAAAGAAAAGGGGUUAUGUUUGCAGCUGAGCUCCGGCAGCCUCCCUCAGGUUGUGUGACGGAUGAAGUGGGGUUCGGAGGUGCUCCCUGUAGCAUGGCUCGCAGUUUGGUCACAGGAGUACCUAAAACCCUGGGGUGCCAAAACUUUCACAUGCCUGAAAGUGUUAAGGACUACGUCCCUGUCCUAGCAGGGGCUGAACUGACUGGCAAAAUAAAUUUUGACUUAUUUUUUCUAAACUGUCUCAGAGCUGUUCUUGCCAUAGCCGAAGAUGUUGAUUACCCUUGCGAGUGUCUUCCUCCAAACCCAGGCUGUCCAUGGAGAGCAAGGCUAUGGCAUGAGCCCCCCUUCACCCCAAAUCCUCAGAAGGAGUUGCUUGCCAGGACCGAGCAGUUCAGGUAGCUUUUCUCCGUGCUUGGAUCAACCUCUGGCUGGAGGGGGGGACAUACCCAGGCUGGUCCUGCUGGGUUGCAGUGGGAGCGUAGACCAAACCUCCACAGCUCCGCUCACCUUCCCCACCCUGCGCGUGGGGAUGCUGCACGCCCUGCCCUUACACUCGUAAAGGCUCUUAGGGCUAUUUUUAUCGCCAUUUCCUGAAAAGCCACUUCAGUGGCUGUUCGGUUUGCGCUGAGAAACACCAUUCCCCUGGGAGAAACCUACCCCAGGGCACUUGUUUUCACAGCCAGCCCCUGGCUGGAGCCAAGGGAGGCAGUGCCUUGCACGCAUACUUGGCACGAGGAGAGGGUCCCUGCUGUGAGGUAGAGAAGGGAAAAAUCAGUUCCACCCCAAAGAGCCGUGGAAAGCAGCUGCGUGCUGUGGAAGCAAAUGUUAAGCCCUGCUGGUGCCAGAGCUGGCUGUGUGCAGGGCCAAGCGGUGACAUCAGGGAACCUGGGGACGAUGCCUUCACGUUGGCCGGGCUGCGAGCAACCAUUGAUGUAAUUGCUCAUAGAGACAAGGCUGUGCAGGGGUGGCUUCCAGGCAGGAGGGUUUUGUCCCAGGCAGCAGAACAGGAGCUGGCUGC